CAUAAGCCUCCACAACACUGCCCACGACACCAUCCCCUGAAGGGACCGCCCCGACGGCUUGUUAUCUAAUUUCAUUAUUAUCUCAGUUCAUUAUCACUAGUAUCCGAUUUUAUUACUUCUAUUAUUAUUAGUAUUACCAAGACAAACAACAAUGAAUCCUUAUUUUCACCCAUUAAAGUAAGAAAUAGGCUAAGAAACCCCAAAACAGUAGGCCUUUUUACUUAUUAGAACUAAGAGAACCAACACGUAAGAGAGACGCACACUACGGCCACGCAGCGAAGAGAGACGCACACCACGGCUAUACGAAGACGAAGAGAACCAACACGAAAGAGAUACGCUCUUACGCCCACGCAGCCAACGCAAGGAAGAGAACGGCUAUACGCAGACGAAAAGAGACAACAUGAAAGAGAGCGAAGCGGCAGAGAAUCCGCCGAUCGGUCUUACGCCCACGCAGCCGAGGAAAAGAGCCGACGGCGAAGCAGGCAAUACACACACGCAGCCAUACACCCACGCAGCCGAGGCCGGCAGCCGAAGGCGGCGCAGCAGCGAAGCGGCAGAGAAGCUGCGAAAAAGAAAAGCCGAGGCCUGGCACGGUCCAGCGCGAGCCAAGCUCGGGAGUGAUCUCCGAGGGCUGAGCCAGACCGGUUGUGCGGCGGAAACCAAAAUAGAUGUGAAAAGUAAGCCGGGACCGCGCCGUGUGAAAAACUAGCCGUGACCGCGCCGUGUACACAAUAAGCCGUGUUCGCCCGCACGCGGUGAAUAAAACCAGCUGUGACCGCACCCACGCGGUGUGCAAAGGAAGCCACCGAAGUGACGAGGACCCGCCGUGGGAGAACAGGACCCAAAGAAGGGAAACAAGGAUCCGACAUGGACAACCCAAGGACGAGCGACGCACAGCCUCUAGAGGCAGAGGAUGGCACGGAGGGGCAUCCUAGGGGUGCGUCGCCGCCCAGCUCAAGGCAACCACGGUCCACGACCAGCCAACCACAAGCAAGACACCACUCCCCGACCCCGCAAGCAGAGCCGGGCAACACCACGCAGCAUGGACCAUCAACAGGAGCCGUACCACGACCACCCAGGCCACCUAGGCCAUCCCGACGUCGGGCCCGCCCCGAAGGCCCACCGUCGCCCCGCCGGGCGACAACCAUGACCUGGGCAUGGCUCAACGACGUCGUCCGUCCAAACACGUCACGAAACAACCUGUCUGGGAUCAUCACAGUGGAGGCGAUGCGGCCAUCGGACUCAGACGAGGAGGUCCGAGCAGGCCGGGCCCAGCAGGAGCCACCAAGACGCCCACGCCGCCGCAAGCAUCCAGGCCAAGGAACAGGCACCGCCGUGACCCCACGCGCGACUCGAAGACGCGUCGAGCCAGGACGGUCCCCACCACCACCGCCCUAUUACCUGUACCGCAUGGGAGACCCGCUGACCCCACGGCCGAACUACGACAGCAGCUCCGACGAAGGGUUCACCAGCCCGACGAUGGAGGCCGACAAGCACUGGGAGCCGACCUGCCAGGCAAGCACCGAUGAAGAGUUCGACCGACGCUUCGGAAAAGCGGGUGGCCGCCCAUGGGUCAAGCACUCCGUCCGGGAGCUAAACCGCCAACUGGAGGCCGAGCGGGCCACGACGGGCCCAUACUCGGACGUGAGCGAGGACGAAGAUGGGCCGGCCAACUGCCAGAAGAACACUCCAGCCAACAUCGCGGUUGACGUGGCACCUUGGACCACCUGGAAGGACGCCGACAGGACCCUGCAACUGCUGCUCGCCCAUCCACGGCCCAUCACCCCACCCAGGCCCGAGAGGGAGAUCAUCCCCGCGUCGGACAACGAAAAAACAAGCGACGACGAGGUACAGCUCCUAGGAGAGGACGACACCACUCCGCUACGGAUCAGCGACGGCAGUCUGGGCGAUGCGCUGCCCCGACGGCUCCGGAACCUCGGCCUUCAGGAUGAACACGAGCCACCCAGACACGUAACCGGCAAUGAGCUACCCCAACUGCUCCAGGAACUCGGCCUGGAGGACGGACCCGUGACCCCGAUACCCAGGGAUGACGGAGACGAGGAGGUAGCCUGGAUCCUGGGAGGGCAGGAGAACCCAAACGGCCCGAUCCCGGACACCAGCUGGGACAACGGGUGGCACGCCAGACUGCAGGAGUGGGACGCGCAGGAGGAGGCGGCAGCCCCGGAAAGAAGGGAGAAUCCCGAUUGGCAGCCGCUGGACCACGCACCAAUGAAGUGGCUAUCGCCAGUUCCCACCGACCACAACGACCCGAACCCGGAACCGACGAGCUGCACGGCCCGAGAGGCCGAACCAGGAAACCCGAGCCAACCAAAGGAGGACAGCGACCUGUCAUUGGGCUUGGAAGAGGCAGAGGCGGGCGGACUGCUCACAGCGUUCGAGGAGAUGCUCGAGCUAAACGCGCUGCAGGAGGAGCAGGAAUGGCCAAUCGCCCCAGUCGCCUGGCGGGUAAGCACGCCUGACCGCCGCAUCCCGCAAAGCCUGCUGGAAGGCGCCAGCGCUCAGGCAAACGCGGCGCGUCACGGGCGCAGCCGGAUCCGCAGCCUAGAACACCACGACGGCCAACGCUUCCGCGUAUGCAUCAGCGGAAAUUUGGUGCGCAUUUCACCGCGCCCCACCCCGAAGUAGGAAGGGAGUGUGAAGGCAUAAGCCUCCACAACACUGACCACGACACCAUCCCCUGAAGGGACCGCCCCGACGGCUUGUUAUCUAAUUUCAUUAUUAUCUCAGUUCAUUAUCACUAUUAUCCGAUUUUAUUACUUCUAUUAUUAUUAGUAUUACCAAGACAAACAACAAUGAAUCCUUAUUUUCACCCAUUAAAGUAAGAAAUAGGCUAAGAAACCCCAAAACAGUAGGCCUUUUUACUUAUUAGAACUAAGAGAACCAACACGUAAGAGAGACGCACACUACGGCCACGCAGCGAAGAGAGACGCACACCACGGCUAUACGAAGGCGAAGAGAACCAACACGAAAGAGAUACGCUCUUACGCCCACGCAGCCAACGCAAGGAAGAGAACGGCUAUACGCAGACGAAAAGAGACAACAUGAAAGAGAGCGAAGCGGCAGAGAAGCCGCCGAUCGGUCUUACGCCCACGCAGCCGAGGAAAAGAGCCGACGGCGAAGCAGGCAAUACACACACGCAGCCACACAUGGCUGGCAUGCGUUUGAGUUUGAGACACGCGUUUGAGUGUUUUCCAAGUGCGGUUGUGUUUAUCGCGAGCUCCAAGUUUUCCGGCAAAAAAA